AUGACUUCAACUCCGAAAAUCAAGCCCGCUAGUCCGAGUGGAAAGAAGAAGGAGAAGGUACUUCUGGAAGAACAGGUAACGUUAUAUUGUCUUUGGCAUGAAGGUUAAUGUUGUUGUAGGCAAAGCCAAAAGAGUUAUGUGAAAUUUUAUGCUAAAAUCGUGUUGUAAAUGAAGUUUUUAAUAAUUUUUGUUAGUUUUUUUUUCUUUUUAAAAAUUUGACGCAAAAAAGACAUUCUUAACGAUUUUUGGAUUCUGCAGGCUGCGGAGGCAUUUUAUACGCAAAAUAAUUUUUUUAAAAAUUUGAGGCUUUAAUUGAGUGAAGUUGAUUUUUAUGGUAAUAUUAUGUUAUAAAAUGUUAUUUAUCAUAGUUUUUGUUUUAUGGUUUGUUUAAAAAUGGCACUUGGAACAUUAUAUGGCUUCCGCAGGCUGCGGUGUCAUGUUAUACGCAAAGUCAAAUUUUUAAAUGUUUUCAGUUUGGGAUUUUAAGUUCAAAAAGUAAUAGGGAGACAUAAAAUGUCAUUUAUAAGGGUAAGGUAAAACGAAAAAUUAAAAAAAUUUUUUAAAAAAUUUUUUUUAAAUUUAAGAAAUUUUUUUUAAUUUAUGAAGUUUCUUGAAUUUUUGAAUUUUUUAAAUUUUUUUUAAAUUUUAAAUUUUUUUUAUAUUUAAAAUUAAAAAAAAAAUUAGUUUGUACAUAAAUUUCCAGGACUAUUUCCAUGGAAUGUUGUGCAAGGAAGACGUAGAAGAGAUGCUCCUGAAAAAAGGCGACUUCAUAGUGUGGAUGAUGGACGGCGAAGGCCUGAAGGACGUCUCAAUCACAAACCAGACCAACGACGAGAACGAGAAGGAGGUAACACCAAAAAAGUCAAGAAAGUACCGGGCAUCAGUGUUUGUACUGGACUAGAUUCAAAGGGCAAAAACGUCAUUUACUCUGCACAUAUCGUAAGAAAUGGCAAGAAAUGCACGAUAAACAAUGAGAAGUAUGGAUCGGUGCCGGAAUUGGUCGAAAAGUACGUGCAGAAGAAGAAAAAACUGGAUCCGAAGGUAAGAGGGUGAGCUGCAGACUGCGGGUGACAAAUUACACGAUGGGUCAGUCUAAAUUAGCAAUAAGUUUUGCUUUGUAAAGAAAGUUCUUGCCAUUUUUUGUUUUGUAAAGAAAGUUUUUGCCGUUUUGUGCUUUGUGAAAAAACUUCAUGCAAUUUUUUGUGUUGUAAAGAAAGUUCUUGCCAUUUUCUGUUUUGUAAAGAAAGUUUUUGCACUUUUUGUUCAAAAUUUUGAUUGAACUUGCUAUUUGGCCAACAAAAGAGCCGGAUUUCAAAAUUUGACGAAAUGUCACAAAAAUUAUUGAUUUUUUGACGAAAUGUCACAAAUUUUAUCGAAAUCUCAAAAUUCUAUUUUUUAUUUUCAGAAUGACAACUCCAUUCCAAUCACGCCAAUUCAUCGUUUUCCAUGGGAAAUUGCACACGAAAAUGUCACAUUGAGUAAGGACAAGCUAGGCGAAGGUCAGUUUGGUACCGUCUUCAAAGGUACCAUCAAAAUAGAAGCUAGAACGAUCGAUGUCGCCGUGAAAACGGCUAAAGCCACGACUGAAAAGCAGGAAAUUGAAAAUGUGCUGAAGGAGGCAAAAAUGAUGAGAAGUAGGUUUGGGUUAUUUGUCGUAAAGCGGAAGUGGUUUUUUAGGGGAAAAAGACUGAUUUUUAUGGUUAGGGGAUUGAAAUGGAAAGAACUUUGUCUACGAAAGAUGAAACGGCAAAAACUUUCUUUACAAAGCGAGAAAUGGCAAGAACUUCCUUUACAAAACAAAAAAUUGCAAGAACUUUCUUUACAAAUCAGAAAAAAUUGAUUUUUAGACUACCAACACCCCCACGUCAUAAAAAUGUACGGUGUAGCCCUUCAGAAAGACCCACUGAUGAUCAUUAUGGAGUUCAUCGAUGGCCAAGCCUUGAAUAAGUUCCUGGAAGAAGCCAAAGAUUCAGACAAACCGCCGACAGAAGAGGAAAAACUUGAGAAAAUGAUCUUACCAUCAGCUUGGGGACUGGAAUACCUACAUUUCAAGAAGUGUAUCCAUCGUGACAUUGCUGCUAGGAAUGUGUUGUACUCAAAAAGUGGCGUGGUAAGUACCCUACCCUACCCUACCUUACUCUACCCUACCCUACCCUACCCUACCCUACCCUACCCUACCCUACCAUACCCUAUUCUACCCUACCCUACCCUACCCUACCCUACCCUACCCUACCCUACCCCUACCCUACCCUACCCUACCCUACCCUACCCUACCCUACCCUACCCUACCCUACCCUACCCUACCCUACCCUACCCUACCCUAUCCUACCCUACCCUACCCUACCCUAUCCUACGUCCUACCGUAAUCUUCACUGCCUACCCGUACCACUACCGUAAUUUUUCGUAACGUACUUCUAUUUUAAUCUUUUAUGGCUUACUUCUACAGUAACUUCCAUGAUCUGCCUCUACUGUAAGCUUUAUGACAUACCCUUACAGUAACCUUUGCGACGUACCCCUUACUGUAACUUUCAUGAUCCCUACCGUAUUCUUUAUUGAGCUACCUCAACCGUAACCUUCGUAGCUCUAGCUCUAGCGCAACUCCUGGACCAUCACUUACCGUAACCUUUAUGAUGUUCUGUACAUGUAUUACUAAUGCCAUCCUUUUUCAGGCCAAGAUUUGUGACUUUGGCUUAUCACGUCAAGGCGUGUCCUACAAGAACAUGGACGAUCAAACCUCGAUUCCGUGGCGUUGGGUGGCUCCAGAAUGCUACAAAACCGACACAUACGAUGCUCUGUCAGACGUUUGGGCCUUUGGAUGGUUGGCAUGGGAGGUGUACACGUUUGCCUACAGUCUGCCAUACGGACCUUACACUAGGGCCGAGAUGAUGGAGGUCUUCAAGGGGGAGUUUUGUGUGAGUUUGGGGGUAAUUUGAUUUGGGGGUGGAAGGGGGGGGAGGUUGAGGGAGGGGGGGGAGGGGUAAGGAAGAGGAAGGGGUGGACAAUGUACUGGAUUUUUCGGACAUAAUUUUAUAAUGGGGUGGAGGGUAGGGUAAUUUUUGAGUUUUUUUUUGGAGGGGGGGGGCAAAAAAAUUUUUUUUUAAAUUUUUUAAAAAUUUUUAAAAUUGAAAAAAAAAUUUUUUUCAGAAGGACCUAAAAGCCAGAUUUCCAUCAGAAACCCCUCCCCAAAUCGCUGAGAUCUUUAUGGAGAAUGUGUUUGUACCUCACAAGGAGCGGAAGAACAUGACCGAAGUGUGCAAACUCUUGGAGAAGGAAACGAAACUAGCCGUUUGUCGAGACAAUGUGGUAUGGUUUUUUAAAAAUUUGAAUUAAAGAUGACUUUUCUAAGCUGUGAGUUGCCACAAUUUGGAUUUUUUUUUAUUUUUGUUGGGCGCGACCUGCCGGAACACAUUGUUCAGUCCGAGAGCUAAAAUAUACUUUUUUAGGUAACAAAAUUUAAAAAAUGUCAUUUUUUGGGUAACAAAAUGCAAAAAAAAAUCAUUUUUAAAAAACAAAGUUUGAAAAAAUUUAUUUUCAGAUAACGGAAUUCAAAAAAUGUUAUUUUUAGGUAACAAAAUUCAAUAAAAGUUCAUUUUUUAGGUAAAAAAAUUUUUAAAAAAGUAAUUUUUAGGUUAAAAAAUUCAAAAAAGGUCAUUUUUAGGUGAUAAAAUUUUAAAAAAAGUUAUUUUUGGGUAACAAAUUUAAAAAAAUGUCAUUUGUUCGCAACAAAAUUUCAAAAAAAAAUUCAUUUUUAGGUAACAAAGUAUAAAAAAAAGUCUUUUUUAGGUAACAAAAUUUAAAAAAAUUUCAUUUUUAAGUAACAAAAUUAAAAAAUGUCAUUUUUAAGUAACAAAUUUUUCUUUUUUUCAGAAACUGAGAAAGCCAGCCAAGCCAGUAGUAUCGAUGGAGAGUGUCAAGAAAGUGUCAAACAAAAAGGCCGAGCUUCGCAAAACCAGAACAAGAUAG